CAAUAUGGCGUUGUGACCAAAACAAAGACGACGCCUAUUUUUGGAGUAAGUCACAAGACAAUUAAAUAGGCUUUGCUACUCAUUCGCUAUUCCAUACGUUGCAUCCUACUGACCUACAUACCUCGCAUGGUCACGAGUUUUUGGGAAAAUAGCAUGAUCAGCUGUUGAUGUGUUGAGCUUUCUCCAUUGGCCCUUCAUUCUUUCGAUCCACACAGACUUUUCAACACCAGAUACUGGUAAACAGGACCACUGCAGCCAGCUUGGUAAUUGCCAGCUGCGACCAUGUUUGUCAGCCUCUACCCCGUGUACACAAAGCAAUAUUUCGAUGACCCUUGCCUUCCGUUCAACGCCACUAACGUAACGAAAUGCGAGGAUGGGGUGCAGUGGGUCUGGAAGGUCAUUGGUGACUGUGUGGUCACCCCCAGGGAACAGGCGUCUGCUUAUCUUGGCCUGAUCUCAAUGCUCACUUGGAUGAUGGUGGGAAUUCCACAAAUCAUCAAAAACGCUCGCAACUUGGAGGGCCUCGCUGGAGUUUCCUUCUUCCUGCUGUUCCAGUGGACAGGCGGUGAUACCACCAAUCUGAUUGGCUCAAUUCUCACCAAUCAGUUGAAGUUUCAGGUCUAUCUAGCUGUUUACUUUGUUUUGUCCGAUGUAGUUCUGCUCAUGCAGUACCUAAUGUUUUACGUACGCAAGCGCCGGAGACAGGAGAGAGAGCGGCGAGAGCAGCUGAGUAUCCAAGGCCCCCAGCUGAUCCUGUGCUUCAUGGGCCUGUUUGCCCUGUCCCACACCGUCCUCUCCCUGGCAUGGACUUCUCCCGACGCUGCUCUGUCUCACCGCGCCACCUCUGGCCGCUUGUCCAGGUCUUUGUUGUCAAUCGAACCGGACUCGCAAGAUGUUUUGGUCUUUUCGCCUGAAGACAACAUGGAGGAGAUCAGUCGAGGUGUUCUGGGGCAAGAUGGGAAUGUACUGUCUCGCCAGGUGCCGGUAGAUGCGAUGGCCGCCGUGCACAAGGGCAAGAACUGUUCUCUCGGCACGGGAUCUGCCAACUUUUGGCAUGAUACAACAGACAUCAUUGGCUAUGUGAUCGGCGUCAUCUCCUCCAUUUUUUAUCUUGGUUCCAGAACAGCCCAGAUUAUAAAAAACGUCCAGAAGCAGUCGACAGAAGGCCUGGCGGUGUUCACCUUUGCCCUGGCUGUGCUGGGAAACCUGACGUACGGCGGUCAGAUCCUGGUGCGUGACCUCAGCCUGGAGUUCAUCCUGGAGCACUUUCCCUGGCUGGUGGGCAGUCUGGGGGUCAUCGGGCUCGACGUCACCCUCCUCGCCCAGUUCCGAUACUACAGCAGCCGUAACCGCAACAAUGACGAGAUGAGGAAAGCCCUGCUCACCAAAGACUACAUCAUCAAGGCAGACGAGGUGGCGCCCGUGGAAGUACCGCCGGUCGAAGUGCCGCAGCCAACCGAUUUACGAUUUAGCGGAGACAUACUGUGAAGGAAUAGUGUGUGACACACUGUGUAGAAUGAGUGUAUGCUGGGUACUCUGAGCAGAGCCCAAAUUGCGACCUCAGUGCUUUCUUGUCAUAUCUCCAUUUUUUUAAACAGUGAAAACAGUUCUUAACAAAGAGUGAGCUGAAGAAGAAGUCACAUUUUCACUUUUUUUUCAAAUGGAGAUAGGACAAGAAAGCACUGGGGUCGCGAAAUCGUGACCUUCUAAGGACAGAACUGUUGAGUUCAUUUUAAGCAAGCUUUACGUUGUGUGGAUCUAGCGAUGUAGAAAAGUGGGAUCUGGUCUUGAAUCAGCUCUUGCUUUAAGAGAGUUUUUAUUAUAUAUAUAUAGAUAAGUUUAUUUUAACGAGACUCCACUAUACUAUGUCCUCUCUGAGUAGAGUAAAUCUAGACUUCAACUUGUGAAGUGCUGAACAUAAUCUCCUGCAGGACUGAAUGUAUAUCUUCAUCAUAAAAUGUUUAUUUCAUCAAAAUCCGUUACUUUUUGAAGAAGGCGAGUGAGAAUAAUACCAAUCCAUGCGGCCUCGUUAAACUCCUCAGCUUACUGGAUUUUCAUUUUUCAUUUUUUCAAAAUUUUUACCGAUAACAAUGGUGAAUGACAGCAGUGGUAUAUAUCGGUUAGUUUCUGGU